UCGGCCCCCGGUAUGGCUCAGGCUUCUCCGGUGACAGUCAGGUCCGUCCUGCCCGUCCUGCGGUCUCCAGAUCUGUCAGAGUCGGCUUCAGGUUUCACCGAACACAGCAGGACCUGCUCCAUCGUCACCCGGACAAACGCACCUCUUCUGCUGCACAGCGGUGAAAUGCUGCCGGGAGUCUGUGGAUGAGAAAAUAUGUCGUCAGACUGCUACUACAGAGAUGAUGUGGUGGACCGGGGGUCCAUCCCCCUUGACAUCGACAACGUCCACAUGCUGCUGCAGGUGGAACAAGAACAGAUUCAGAAGAGGACCUUCACUAACUGGGUCAACGCUCAGCUGGCAAAAAGGAGGCCGCCAUGUAUGAUCGUGGAUCUGUUCAAUGAUUUUCGUGAUGGCGCCAAACUGUUGGACCUGCUGGAGGUGAUGAGCGGCCAACGGAUCAGUCGGGAAAGAGGCCGAGGAAUGUUUCAACACAGGAGCAACAUCGAGAAAGCGCUGUCAUUUCUGAAGAAGAAAUCGAUCAAACUAGUCAACAUAAACAUUCCUGACAUCAUUGAUGGAAAACCGUCCAUCAUCCUGGGCCUCAUAUGGACGAUCAUUCUUCAGUAUCACAUCGAGGAGUUGGCCAGCUGCCUCUCCUUCGACUCCCGUCAGUCCUCCAUGGAGUCUUUGGCCAGUCUGGACACUCGGUCCACGCUGUCCAGUCGGUCGGCCAGCAGCAGCCCGGUUCCUCCCAGAGGCUCACCGCUUCAUAGUCGCUUCAGGGUGUCGGCCAAGAAAGCCCUGCUGCUCUGGGUCCGAGAGCAGUGCCACAAAGCCGGCUGUACGAUCAACGUCAAAGACUUCAAGGCGAGCUGGAGGAGCGGAGUGAUUUUCCUGGCGAUCCUUUAUUCUCUGCGACCCGACCUGGUGGAUUUGUCCAAAGCCAGAACCAGAAGCAACAAGCAGAACCUGGAGGAAGCGUUCCAUAUUGCAGAGAAGGAGCUGAGGAUCCCCAAACUGCUGGAACCUGAUGAUGUGGACGUUCGAGACCCGGAUGAGAAGUCCAUCAUGACCUACGUGGCCCAGUUCCUGCAGUACUCCAGAGACCUGCCGGUACCGGAGGAGGAAAUGCAGACACAAUACCUGACUCCUCCUAAGAGUCCUUCUCCCAUCAACCUACCUGUUCACUACACUCCUGCUAUUUCUGCUUCACCUCUUCGACAGGUGACUCCUGAUCGUAAAGCUCAAGAGGUGACCUGCUGGCUGGUUCAGGCCUACGACGAGCUGCUGGAGGGAUGGGACUCCACCGAGGGAGAAAGUUACUCAGAGAGAUACCAUGUGUUUCAGACCUUCCUGGUGUCCUUUAAUGAACAGCGACGACCCAUCAUGCCUCUGUUAACAGCCAUGAGACGAACUCCAAAACUGAGCGAAGAGCAGCGAGUGCUGAGGGAGGCCUGGGACACCCUCACCGAAAAGAUCCGUGAAUAUAAGAUUGAGUUGGAUAUUAGUCUUCCAGCCCCUCUGGACUCUGUGGCUCGCUGGCUGCUGAGAACAGAAGGAGUUUUGGGUGAAGAUGAAGGAGAUCCUCAGGACCACGGCCAAGCUGCCGACGAAGCCAAGGAGAAGCAAGAGCUGCUCAAAGUUUGUUUGGAGGAGAUGGCUCAGCAGGUGAAGACCUUCCAGUCCUUCCAGAACACUGAUGAAGAAAGAAACAUGAUGGUUCCUACAGACAAGAUGGACGAACUAAAGAGGAGGUUCACCAGUGUUAGAGUGACUGCAAAGUACCACGGCAUCAAGCUGGAAUACCGUGAGCACCGGCACACAGUUCUGGAUCUGUUGGGGCAGAUCAGGACCAAACUCCGAGUCUGGAAAAGACCUUACAUCUCCCCAGAGGCUGUCAGGGUGUUGCUACAGGAAUGGCAUGAGCUGGUGAACACACAGGAGCUUCCUUCUUUGUUGGAAGCGGCUCUUCGAAAGCUGAAGCAGAUUUCUGAGAAAUAUUCUAGCAAAUCUGCCCUCGCUGCAGAUUACCAUCAGGUCAGCCAGCAGGCGAACCAAUUGGAGGAGGAAACCGCUGCUGUUUUGCGGGAAGUGACCUUGUCUAAAACCUUGAUGGGUCGAGUUCUGUCGGCCUGGGACUCGUACAGCGACUGUCUGAGCUCCCUGCAGGCCUGGCUGGAACAGGGAUCUGCAACACACCGGCAUGGACACAGGCCAGAGGUGACGUCCGAGUCGGAGGACGAGUGGGGCUCCCGGCAGGCCCACCUGAACGAGGUCGGAAACUACCUGAUCGAGUCGACGGAUCCUCAGACCAGCCGGAGCCUCGCCGAGGAGCUGCGAAGACUCAACAUGAACUGGGCCGAGUUCGUCAAGAGGAACACGUUUGAAGGCAUGGCUGAGGCCGUUGCAGACGUCCAGACGCAGCCGCAGGACCUCCAAGGUCUGAUCAGAGAAGCUACUCUGAUUCUCAAAGAGCCUCUAGAGGCGAUGGCAGCACCUCUACGCACCUACAGGAAACGAUUACAGUUCAUAAUGAGGAAGAUAAAAGAAGUGGAUCUGGAGGCUCUGAAUCCUUCCCCUGAAUGCACAGCGGAUCAGUUACAGAAACUGAAGCUGGUGAUACCUGAAGUGAUGCAGACCAUGUUCGAGGCCGAACAAGUGUGUGCUGAGCUGCAGCACAGUGUAUCCGGACUGAACAGUCGACUAGCCGAACUCCUGCUCUGGGAAACUGAGGCCAGGGAGCUCUACCAGCUGCUGAGGGCCGUGGACCGACAGAAAAAACAGCAGAGCCAGGACCCAAGAGCCCGGGCCCUCAUCUCUCGGGGUCUACAGCUGGAGGGUCAGGUGGUCACAGAGGAGCAGGACCUGCAGGUGAUGAUAUCGACAAGUCAGAAGAACUCUCCCAUCCAGUACCUCCAUGCCACCGCCAUGCAGGACCGAGUGCGAGCUGCCGUUGCUCAGGCGCAGGAAGCCGUUGGUAUGCUAAGCAGCCUGGGUGCCAGAAGAGACCGAAGCAGGAGCCCUCCAGAAGCAGCACCUCCGUCUAAAGUCUUUAUUCAGGCCAAAGCAAAGCCUCAACAUCUGCGACAGUCAGACACCGAGCAGCAAACUCACCAACCCGAGGCAAAGUUAGUUUCUCAUCACAGUCAUGAAACCUUUGUGCCGAAGAUAGUGGUGCAGGAAUACCGAGAAGAAAAGAUGCCGUCUCCUCCGAUGCCAUACAGCUACGCACAAGCUGUGACAGGGACCAGGACAAAGUCACCACCAGAAGGCCCGAGUCAGGCUUGGCCAGAGACCGCUGCACAAAAACCACCAGAGACUCAGGAACAAAGAGUGUCACCACAACAACAGCUACAGCAACAAGGACUUAGCAGACAGAUAGAAACACAGCCAGAACAGCAGGAACUUAAGCAUGACCUACCACAAGUACAAGUGCAGGUACAAGUACAACAGGAGUUUGUGCCAACACAACCGCAACCAUGCCAACUCAGGCAGGAAAAAGAAGUGCUACCACAACAACAGCUACUGCAACAAGGACUUAGCAGACAGACAGAAAGUCAGCUUGACCAGCAAGAAUACAGGGAGCUCAAGCAGGAACAACGAUGGCUGGAGCAGCAGCAGGUAGACAUAGGGCAAUAUGAAGUCCAGCAGAGCAUGGUAACUAACAUACAAGUCGAAACACAAGUUAAACAAACACCGGAGUCCCACGACCCGAGUUCGCCUCUACAACCAGCUGUGAAGAAAGCAGCUCUGAGUUCCCAGGAGCUUCAAAGCAGAAAGGCUCAGGCUGCGAAGAACCGGCCCUGGCUUCAGAAACCAGCCCAGGGUGAACAGAAAGCUCCACCUCAACAUCCAGACCAGGACUCCCCUCAGGAUCCAACUCAGAUUAGACAGAUGCAGUCAAACAGAGAAACAGUGGCAUCAGUUCAGGUGGUUUCACAACAGACCACAACUGCAAGACCGCAGCCAGAGGCACAUGUAAAAACUACCAAGAAGCCGCAACAAAAACAAACACAGCAACCUAAAAAUCUGGAUGAGCAGCGGCAACAACAAGAGGAACAGCAAAAGCAACUUGCACUUCAAAAACAACAGCCAAGUGUUAGACAAGCACAACCAAUUUCAGAUGUCAAAACUAAAUCCCAGAAAGUAAUUGUGAGUCAGUCCCACUCACAGACAAAGACACAGAACCAGUCACAACCCGACGCUAUGGUUCAGUCGGUGAUCCAAGUGCAAAUGCAGUCAAUUGUGACUCACACUGCUUCAGAUAGCCAACAGCCACAAAUUCUUCCACAGUCUCAUAGCCCUGUGAAGAUACAGUCACCAACCCAACCACAGGCACAACUGCAGCCCCAGUCCCAAACAUAUGUCCCAGCUGGACCUCAGCAAUCUGGGAAGCCACACGGUCCUGCCUAUAGCCCAUCUGUAGCUCAAGUUCAGACAUGGGCUCAGGUCAGACCCUCUUCCCCAAUGCAUCCUCCACCGCAAGGCCAAAUCCAAGCUCCUGCACCAACCCAUGUACAGCUUCGUAGUCAUCCACAGUCAUGGGCCCCUGUCAGGCCCCCUUCACCUAAGCCACCAACACAGGCCCAGUCGGUUAACAUGGCUCAAACUCAAGCUAAACCUAUGGUUCAACCUCAAACCCAGCCUCAGCCAAAGACACACGCUCAAAUCCAUGCCCAGUCAGUGGGGCUGGGUCAAACCCACCCUCAGUCCAUGGUCCACCCUCAAGCCCAUCCCCAGUCCAUGGUCCACCCUCAAGCCCAACCUCAGUCCAUGGUCCACCCUCAAGCCCACCCUCAGUCCAUGGUCCACCCUCAAGCCCACCCUCAGUCCAUGGUCCACCCUCAAUCCCAUCCCCAGUCUAUGACUCAGGCUCAAACCAUAGUCCAGCUACAAGGUCAGCCUAUGACUCAGUAUCCCAUACAUGCUCAACCACCAGUCCAGCAACAAGGCCCCAUCUCCCAGGGCCAGUUGCAGGCUUGGUCUCAAGUUAGAGCAUCAUCCCCAAUGCCUAUCCAGCAUCCACAGGGUACAGCACAACCUCAGCUUUACCAGCAAGGUUACCCCCAGGGUCAGUCUCCAUCCCAGCAGUGGACUGACAAACAAGAGCCACCAAAUCAAGGCAGUCCCCAGCACAGACAACCCAUUCCCCAACCAUACCCGCAGCAACAAGGCCAAACUCCACCUCAGGCAUAUCCAGCAGUUCAGGCUGUGCCACAAUGGGCCCAACAAGCUUUUCAGAUUGGGCCCCAUGGCUAUUCCCACAUGGGGCCUUCAUAUGGCCAGCCUCAAAUGCCGCCUCAAGCACAAACCCAACCCUGGACUCAAACACAACCCCAAAUGAGGCCCCAGAGUCCCAUGCAACAACAACUACCCCAGAUGGGUGCUUACAAUAUAGUUCAGACACAACAAGGCCAAGUUCAGCAACAGACUUGGGUUCAGGGACCCCCACAACUACAGUCCCAGCAAUAUCACCAGCAAUACAUGCAAGUUCAGCAUCAGCCUCAGGUGCAACCUCAGAUGCCUCUGCAGUCACAACCAUUACACCAAGCUCAUCCUCAGUCUCCUUCACAGUCCCAACCUCAGACACAGCCAAUGGCCCAAGCAAAACUCCAUGCCAAGACUCAACCGCCUCAGUCUGGCCUCCAGUUCCAGAAACCCACUCCACAAUCCAAACAACAGUCCCACCUCCAGGCACAACCGAUGGCUUCAUUGCCUGCUCAGCUAAAAGGCGAAUCAACUCCACAGCCAAAACCUGUGCCCCAAUUAUCACCACAAGCAGAAAUUAAAUCGCCACCUCAACCUCAGGUUUGCUCACCAACCCAAACCAAGCCUGAACAACUGCCCCAACCAUUCCCAGGAGCCCAGUUGUCACCACAACCUAUGGCUUCAUCACCGAACAUACCGAAGGUUGAAUCACCACAACAACGUAAGAUACAGGCUCAAGCUACAUCACAACCUGCGGCUCAACUUCCAAUUCAGCCCAAAGUUCAGUCACCAGCCCAAACCAAAGUCGAGUCACCACCACAACCCAAUGUGCAGGCCCAAGCUGCCUCACAGUCUGCGGCUCAAACACCAACUCAACCCAAAGUUCAGUCACCAACCCAAGCCAAGGCCCAAUUAGUGUCGCAACCCAAACCUGAACCCCAACUUCAGGCUCAGUCACCACUACUACCCAAAGCCCAUACAACAUCACAGUCCCAGGCUCAGUCACCUCCACAGGCCAGACUCCAGACUCCGCCAGUUCCUCAAGCAAAAACUCAAACUCAGUCUCCUCUCCAACCCAAACCUCAACAGCCCCAGACCAUUGCCCUCUCUCAGGUCAGUGUGUUGCCUCAAACCCAGGCUGAGUCACCAGACCUCUGCAUCGUUCCUCCUGUUCUGGCCCAAGCACCUCCCCAGGCCUACACAGAGGCCUACAUUAAGGCCCAGGCUUUGGCCAGGAACGGCUUUGAGGAGGCCAAGGACUGCCUGCAGGCUCACAUCCUGGAAGCCGUCAAUGUCUUCAAAGACAAACGCCUAUCAACUGAGCAAGCGUCAGUUAAAGAGGAGACUCUGAGGACCCUUGACCCGGAGUUACUGGAGGAGUUCUUGAGAGCAGCGAAGGGUAUGGAGGCCUUUUGUACUCCCUCACAACUCAGAGACAUGGAGUUCUUCACUCAGUCUGUCAGGACACAGUGGGAGGCUGUGAGAGACGAGAUCUCAGGCUUUUUGCCACAAAUAAGGUUUGAAGUAACAAGGAAAGACUUUAACGCAGCAGCCCUGCGGUGUGAGAUGCACUUAAGCUCCGGCUUAGAAAACCAAACCCAGGCCUGUUUCUCUGCGGAUUACGCCGAGGCCGGGCAGCAUCUGGAGGCCCUUAAGGAGCUCUGUGACACCCUGAGCCCCGAGGACGCCCACCGCCUGGCCCAGACUCAGCUCAGGGAGUGUGAGAAGAGGCUGGCCGCCAUCCACCGGCAGUUCAGCGGAGACCAGGAAGCACCGCUAGCAGACUCCAGGAUUCCUGUUACUUUCAUAGAGGAUCUGGCUGCACCAAAGGAAGCUACAAAACCAAGUGACAAACCUCAAGUCUCUGCUGAGGUGACGAUGAAGACAGUAACUGUAGAGAUGAAGGAGGUUGAAAAACAGGCGUCUGUAGAAGAAGAACUCGCUAAAAAGGAGGCUUUAGAUCGAUAUGAGAAUUCUAAAAGGACUCUGCAAACCCAGCUGCUUAAAAAUGAGCAGAGCAUCAAGGAGGUCCCGUCCGACUCGGUUUCUCUGAAAGGUCUCCACACAAGACUCCAGGAAAUACAGUUCUUGAGGCAGGAGACUGAGUGUCUGUGGUCCGACUACACCAACCAGUGUUCCCAGUUGGGUGGAGGCUCGUCUCUGGACCAGGAGAAGGCCGAGCUGCAGGACCAGUGGCGCCUCCAGCAGUCCAGCCUCCAGCGGAGAGGAAGUUCUCUAGGUGCUGCUCUGAGACAGAUCGACUCCACCGAGAACCACAUGGUGGACUUCACCGACUGGCUGGACCGAUACCUGAGGCAGCCCAAAGACGUCACGGCGUUCAGUCUGGCCAACAGCAACAUCCUCAGAGACAUCAAGGAGCUGGACGAGAACAUCCAGAGCGAGCUGGACCAGUUGUCCCGCCUGGACCCAGAAUCCAGUGACCUGGACCCCAGAGAGUGUUUCCCUCUGAGCCGGGAGGUGGAGACCCACAGAACCAGCCUGGACCAGCUCCGUCAGCAGGUCCGGAAGAGCGAAGCCGCCGCCCGAGCCCUGGACCGCUUCCUCAUGUCGCUGCGGACGGUGGACGAGGACAUCUCGGGGGUCCAGGGCGCCCCCUGCAGCGACGCCGUGGUGCUGCAGGACUGCCGCUCCAAGCUGGCUCUGAUCCGGCAGAGCAUCGACAGCCUGAAGGAGAAGGCCCCUCAGCUGGACCUGCUCCUCCAGGGGGCCCGGCUCACGGUGACCAGGGAGGGAGUCCCGGCCUCCUGCCUGGACAUGGUGAUGGCGCUGCUGAGGAGGCUGGAGGAGGCCGAUGGUGGACUGGCCAACCAGCAGAAAGACCUCCAGAAGGAGACGCAGAGCAGAUCUCUGGGCCUGAGGAUGAGGACGAUGCUGGGGGAGAUGAGGAAGCUGCAGGAGACCAUCGAGAGUCAAGGACUGAAGGAGCCCACCAUGCCGGCGCUACAACACAGACUUCGUGCUCUGACAGAUCGAGAAGGUCAGAUUCAGGCUCAACACUCGGAGCUACAGAACCUCAGAGAACUUCAGGAGAAGCAAGGAGGAGGAGAAACUGUCCUGCAGGAGCUGGAAACUCAGUGGAGGGACACUCACAGAGCUUUUUCUGACAGGAAGAAGCAGUGCAGCUCUCUGUUGGAGCUGCUGAAGAAGUUCCAGACCUGCCGAAGUCACCUGAGCAACAGCAUCCAGAAGGCCGAGCAGACCAUCAGCGACCAGGCGUCGUACAUGGGCAAAGACAACCUGCAGAGGAGCAUCGCAAAGGUUGGGGAUAUCAAAGAAGAGCUGGCAGGUCUGGGGGAGCAGAUGGAGGAGAUUAGAGGAGUUUGUAAACAGCUACAGACUGAACUGAAGAAGAUUCCAGACAUCAGCGAGACGCCGUUUGAAGCCGAAGCCGAGACUCUGAUGGACAACUGGCUGGACGUAACGGAGAAGACGGACUCCUACAUGGACAACCUCAGAGUGGGUCUGGAGCUGUGGGAGAAGCAGCUGAUGCUGGGUGGGGAGGUGGACAGCUGGGCUCGAGCUAAACUGGCCACGUUUGCUGAGAGUCACCCCUUCAACAAUGAGCAACAAGUGCUGGCCAUGAGGGAUGAGAUCAAUGCCAACGAGGAGAACAUUGCUCACUUCCACAAGAAGUCUGCAGAGAUCCAGGAGAUGCUGCAGAGUCAGGAGGCUCCACUGGAACUGCAGGUGAUGGAAACCCAGCUGAGGAAGAGGAUGGAGCAGGUGAAGGAGCUGUUCACCGACUGCACCGACGUCUUCGAGGAGCUCGUCGCCGUGAAGAAACAUCUGUUGGAGAAGAUCGAGCAGUGCCAGUCCGCCGUGGAGAACAUCCAGGGCUGCCUCAGUAAGAUCGACGCUGCAGGACCGAAGGUUGAAGCCCAGAUUCAGGAGCUGAGCGACGAUCUGGAGUCUCAGGAGGAGCAGGCCGAGGCUGUGCUGAAGGAAGUGGGGAUGGUUUCCAGCGUGGCCAGUCCUCAGGUUCUGGAGGUUCUGUCGGUGGACUGCAGCCGGCUGAGGGAAGCCAUCAACAGAACCAAAGACAUGAUCCACCUGAAGAGGGAGGAACGAGACAAAGGUCUACUCAAGGUCCUCAAAGAUGAAAGACAGUCCUUCGAGGGAUGGGUCCAGGACUUACAGCUGGCCGUCAACGAGUGUUUCGAGAACCCUGAGAGCAAAGCCGAUGUGGAAACAUACGUCCAAAGACUGAUAGCUUUCCUGAAGUCUAAAGAUGUGGAGCGACGUCUGGAUCAGCUGAAGGAUCAACUGCAGAGAGGAAACCAGCAGCUUCCUGCUCAGCAGCUGUCGGAGCUCAGUGAUUGGCUGAAGGAGCAGCAGGAGGAGGUGGCCACGUUCAGAACCCACUGUCAGAACCGGCAGGAACAGAUGGAGGCGCUGCUGAACGACCUGAACAGUCUGCAGAAGCAGCACGACAGCUUUCGCGAAUGGCUUCAGAACAAAGAGAAACAAUCUCUGGUGUCGGAGAAAAUCAAAGCUCUGCUUAAAGACCUUCAGGACGAGAGCAGCAGAUCUGAAACCCUCAGUGAACUUCUAGCUUCGGUACGAAAACAAGGAGUCCGAGGAGAAACUCUCCUGAAGGACGGAGAUAAUUUAAUCCAGCGCUGCAGAAACCUGGAGGCUCGACUGCAGAAACAAGCCGAAGCUCAGGACGUCCUGGAGGGAGAGUUUGAUCAGUUUAACGUCCAGACUGAGAGCACCAGAACCUGGAUCAGUGACCUGAUGAAACCCCUGAAGACUCCAGGAAGAGUGGAGGACAUGAAGGACAAAGCUGUGGCCGUCCUGAGCUCCAAACCCGAUGGAGACUCCAGACUGAGUGACCUGAGGAGACGGAGUGAACGUUUGACCAAUCAGGAGGAUCUGGAGGAAACCAGGAAGCUGAAGGUCCAGCAGAUGGUCAGAGAAGCUGUGAACCAGUGGAGGGAAACUCUGCAGGCUGCUGAGGAAACUCUGAACACGGCCGAGAAACGAGCUCUGGUGGACAAAGACCUGGACGAGUUCCAAACCCGGAACGAGGACCUCCAGUCCUGGAUCAGAGACCAGGACCAGAACCUCAGGUUUCUUGGAGGCCACAUGCAGGUAGAAGAGAAGCUGCAGGUUGCUCAGUCGGUUCUGAGCUCCAGACCCGAUGCAGAGUCGAAGCUCCAGAACCUGAAGCAGCAAACUAAGACCCUGUGUGAGAACCAGAACCUGGAGGAGACCAGGAGGCAGCAGCUUCAGGACUCCGUCAGGAACACAGAAGAUCAGUGGAGGAACGUCCUGCAGGCGGCCGAGCAGAACCUGAGGCAGGCGGAGAGCGAAGCUGCAGCCGAGAGAGACUUUGACACUUUUAAAAGAGAAAGUGAAAGCGUCCAGUCGUGGAUCAGAGACCAGAAACAGAAACUGCUGGGACUCGGGAGUCACAUGCAGUUUGAAGAAAGACUUCAGGCGGCACAGGCCGUUUUAAAUUCCAAACCUAAAGCCGAGUCGAAGCUUCUCGACCUGAAGAGACGAUCUGAGAGUCUGAUGGAUCGGCUGGAUGAAAUCAGGAAACCGGAGGUGGAGCAGCAGCUGAGAAACGCCGAGCUUCAGUGGACGGCGGCUCUGCAGGCGGCCAGACAGGCGGAACUACGGAGUCUGUCGGACGACUUCGACGCUCAGAGCAAAAACACCGAAUCCUGGAUCAGAGAGCGACAGCAGAAGCUGCAGUCUGUCGGCGGCAACGCGACUCCUGAAGAGAGAAGCAGCACAGCUCAGACCGUCCUGACCUCCAGACCUGAGGGCGACUGUCAGGUGAACAACCUGAGGAGACGAGGACAGAGUCUGUGCAACCAUCCGGAUGUUGAUGAAGGAAGGAAAGUCCAGGUUCAGCAGACGGUGAAGGACACCGAGGAGACGUGGAGGUCGAUUCUGCAAACAGCCAAACAGAUCGAAGCUGCUGCAGGAACUCAGAUCACCCAGAAGGCCGAGAAGAGGAAGUUGGAGCUGAAAGAAUUUGAUACCCAUCAGCAGGAAACUGAUCGUUGGCUUCAGGACCUCCGACAACAACUGGACUCUCUGAGAAACCAAACCAAACCUGAAGACAAACUACGAGCUGCACAGAACAUUAUGAGCUCCAAGCCUGAAGGAGACUCCAAACUCCAGAAGCUCACGAGACAAAACCAGAGUUUGUCUGCUCAGGACCUCGACGAACACAAAAGACAAGAGCUUCAGCAGAAAGUGAGGAACGCCGAGGAGCAGUGGGCUAAAAUCCUGCAGGAAGCUAAACAAGCCGUGGGUCAGGCUGAGCGUCAGUGCGCUCUGCACGGUCAGCUGAAGGACUUCGAAGUCCUGAAAGAAAACACCAGAACCUGGCUGCAGGAGAAGCAGCAGAGCCUCGACUCUCUGGACAGUCAGACGGACCCAGAACAGACAAUAAACACUGCACAGACCGUCCUGAGCUGUAAACCCGAGGGAGACUCCAAGCUAACAGAGCUGAAGAAGCAAAGCCAGAGUCUGUCCGACCAGGAGGACCUUGAGGAGAACACCAGACGGGAGGCUCAGCAGACAGUGAAAGACUCGGAGGAACAGUGGAAGACGGUUCUGCAGACAGCUGAGAACACUCUGCAGAAGGCCGAGGUCCAGUACUCGCUGUCCAGAGAGCUGGAGGCCUUCAGAGCCCAGGCAGGAAGCACCAAAACCUGGGUGGAAGGUCUGCAGAAGCAGGCCGAUUCCAAGGGCAGUGGAAAUCGAGGCAGCAAGGCUCAGAUAGAGGGGAGACUGAACACAGCACAGGCCAUUUUGAGCUCCAGGUCCAACGGUGAGACUCAGGUGAUGGAGCUGAAGAAACGAGUUCAGAGUCUCUGUAACCAGAAGGACUUGGAGGAGGACAAGAAGAUGGAGGUCCAGCAGACAGUCAGAGACGCUGAGAACCAGUGGAGGAAAGUCCUGAAGACUGCUGAGGAGACGCAGAGACAGCUGCAGGGUCUCGUCGGUCGUCUGGAUUCUUGUCAGUUUCAGCGAAGUCAAGCUGAAACUCGUCUGGCUGAGCUCCAGAAGCAGACGUCCUACCUGCCGAGCGUCUUCCCCUGGCCGGGUCUAGGAGAGCGACGGCAGGCGGUGGAGCAGGCCAGAACCCUGCUGGACCAGACCACGGCUCUAGCUCCGGUCCUGUCACACGUCCGCACACAGGCCGCAGAGCUAUUUGAAAUCACUCAGGACCAAAGCUGGUCGGAUCCGUCCUGGAAAACUAAAGAAGAAUGCAUUCCUGUUCUGCUUAAAAAGCUGACUGAUGCAGUAACCAGCCUGGAUCAGAGCGUCCUGACGGAGCGUCAAUGCAUCCAGCUGGUGGAGCAGCAUGAAGCAGCUCAGGACUGGUUGAGGGAACAAGUUAAAGGUCUGGAAGCUCCUCCAGCAGACAGGAGGAGUCUGUACAGCGCCGUCAACACGCUGAAGGCCCUGCUGCAGACGGUGGACCGGGAGCAGAGGGAGAUGAAGGAGCUGGACUCGGCCAGAGACGUCCUGCUGGGUCUCUGCACUCCUGGAGGUCGGGACGCUCUGACGCUGGAGGUCGGCCACCUCCACGACCUCUGCUCCGGCUCAGAGCAGGAGGUGAGGCGCCGUCUGGAGGCCUGCGAGGCUCAGCUGGAGGACCUGGACGCCCAGCUGGCCAGGAGGGCUCAGGGCCUGAAGGACCGAGCUGCAGCCCUGCAGUGGGAGCUCCGGUCUCUGGACCAGGCGCUGAGCUACAGCGAGCCGCUAAAUAACAUCGCUCAGCUGCAGCAGCGCUGGAACAGCCUCCAGAACUGUGAGAAGUCGCUAGAAGAUCUGGGAGUGAAAGUUCAGGAUCUUCACCAGGAAGUAAAGUCGUCGUCCAACGAGCUGCCAGCAGAAAUCAUCAGCUCAGUGGAAUCUUUAUCCCAGCAGCACUCCAGCUUAAAAUCCAGACUAACUGAUCACCAGAACAGCUGCUCGACAAACACAUCUCGCUGUCUCACCGACUGUCUUCGAGCUCUGCAGCAGUGGAACCACAAAAAACCAUCAGAGUCCAUUACUUCUGUGCAGGUGAAGUUAGAAGAAGGUGCAAAGCUGCAGAGUGGCCUCCAGGAGGCGCUUUCUCACCAGCAAUUUCUGAAAGCCUGUCUGACACCAGACAUGUUUGAGAAAUUAGAGAAGGAAGGUUCAGAGACACUAAAAGAAGCAGAUGCACAGAAAGCUUCUCUAAAUCAGAACUUAAAGGAACUUGAUCAGCGCAGUAAACAAAAGCUGCCUGACAUUCAGUCCUCUGAUGUCCUUCAAGAAAAUCUAGAAAAGACAAAGACCUCUGUAGUGGCACCACCACGAAAGAACAAACGCUCACCCGAGAAAAAAUCUCAACCAAAUAUUUCCCUCACAGAAAAGUCUGACUCUACCGACGAAGAAUUGUCGGUUUUAAUUGAGGCCGUGCAAGGUGAGGCUAAACCUGUUGUGACAGCAGUCAUGAAAGACAAACCAAGUACUGUUGUGGAACAAACCACAAUUGUCCCAGCAACAAGAACAUCUCAGAGUGCAACGUAUACUUCAGAAACUGUUACAGAACCAAUUUAUAGCACUUCUCAAGAAGCACAGAUCAGAAGCAUUAAGCUAGGGGCCCCAGCUGACCAGUCUGCACCUGUUCCUAGUACUGAAACUACACCUGUACCAUCCAGGAGAAAGUCCAAGACUUCAGCCACUAAAACAGAACCUCCCCAGACCAGGGUGCAGUCUGAAAUGGGGGAAUCUAUUACUGCUCAAACAUCAGGAACAGGGGUGGAAGAAGCAACACAAAUAGCAGCUUCUAUUCUAGGUGUCCCAGGAACAACCACUGCUGCAGGUGAACCCACCAGCAAAGUGCACGAGACGGUGAAAGCCUCUGUAGCAAAGUCAGUUUUUGAGCAAGAUGAGACCAAAGAUAUUGAUGCAAAAACUGCACAGACCAAGGAUGACUCUGAGAAUCUCAUGUCUCUCCCAACUCCAAAACCUGAGUCACCUGUUGACGGAACCAAAAGUGUGGUGAAAGAACCUGAGUUAGUACCAGGGCAAACAGAAACUGCUGCUUUGGAACAAAGUGAGGUUUUACCACCCAGACGCAAGUCAAAGAGCCCAAAACUUCCUCAGAAACAUCCCGACCAGCAGGCAGCGCUGAUGAAGCAAGAACCUGGAAGUCAAACGUCUACUUUGAGUUUGAAGGAGAAAACCGAGAGUACCAUUACGGAAGAAAUUAAACUCAUACCAACACGAAGAAAGUCAAAGAAUGGUGAGCCUACCGCAUCCCAGCCUGUUGUUAUCCAAAGUAAAGCUACCGAUGUGGAACCUGAAGGUAAGAAGAAAGAACCUGACACUCUAAAGUCUUCUUCAACUCCACAAGUGGAAAGAAAACCAACAGAAACUGAAACUAGAAUUCUUGUACAAGAAACUAAAGUUGUACUAACCAGGACAAAGUCCAAGAGUCUUGAUGUUUUCACAGGCCCAGAGCCAGUGUCUCCUGUUGGUAGAGCUCCUGAUGGGGAGCCUAAGGAAACCCAACAAGAACCUGAGACGUAUUCAGUAACCCCAGAAUUUGUUAAAGGACCAGCUGCAACUACCGUUGUUGAAAAAAGUCCUUUCCUACCGCCCAAGAGGAAGUCAAAGAGUACAGAAGUUCCUGAGGGACCUCAGAUAAAGGACAAUCGAGAAGGUCAAAAAUCUUCUGUAACUGUUGUUACUCAAGAAACAAAGCUUGUACCCACCAGAAGAAAGUCAAAGAAUGGUGACCUUUCUACAACUUCUGAGACAGUUGUUACCCACGUUGGAGCACCAGAUGUGGAGCCUGAACAAAACAAGAAAGAACCUGUUGGUCAGACAUCUGAAAGUACUGUUGUGGAAAAAGGUAAAAUGUCACCAACCAAAGCAAAGUCAAAGGGUCUGGAACUCUCUUGCAUGGAGGAAAAGCCUGACAAUCAGAUACCUGAAGCUGCUGUUAUAGAAGGGACUAAGGUUGUAGCAACCAGGAGGAAGUCAAAAGAAGGCCCUGGAAGUCAGAAAGUGCCUUCAACUACUGAGGUGGUCACAGGAUCAACAGAAACUCCUGCAGUAGGAAAAGGAAAGCUUUCACCAACCAAGAGAAAGCCAAAAGGUCUUGAACUUUCACCAGAACUUACUACCAAGGAGCUGACAAACACCAAAGAUGAGCAGGACUUUCAUACGCCACCUUCAACUCCAGAGGUGAUCAGAGCAAUGACUGAUGCUGCUGUUGCUGAAACGGGAAAGCUUUCACCAACCAAGAGAAAAUCAAAGGGUCUUAAGCCUUCACCAGAACUUACUGCCAAGGAGCAGACAAAGAUCAAGGAUGAGCAGGACUUUCAUACGCCACCUUCAACUCCAGAGGUGAUCAGAGUAACGACUGAAACCACUGUUGUUGAAAAGGGAAAGCUUUCACCAACCAAGAGAAAGUCAAAGGAUCUUAAACUGUCCGUAGAACUUACUAACAAAGAGAUGACAAAGACUGAGCAAGAGCCAGAUGCUCAGACGUCACCUUCACAUCCAGAGGUGGUCACAGCAACAACUGAGAUUCCUGCUGUGGAACAAGGAAAGCUGUCACCAACUAAAAGGAAGUCAAAGGAUCUUAAACUUUCCCCAGAACUUUCUACAAAGGAGUUGGCAAAAACCAAAGAUGAGCCAGACAGUCAGAAGCCAUCUUCAACUCCGAAGGUGGUCACAACGACAACUGAGAUUACCGAUGUGGAACAAGGGAAACUGUCACCCACCAAGAGAAAGUCAAAGGGACUUGAACCUUCUCCAGAACUUCCUGGCAUAGAUUUGUCAGAGAACAAGAAAGAAAGUGAAUCUAUGAAUGGCAGAGAGCAAACUGGAGUUACUACUUCAGAAAAGCCUGAAUUUGCACUUACAAGGAGGAAGUCAAAGACUCUUCUGGACUCUAAAGAAGCUGAGAAAGAAACUCAAGCUGGAAAGCCGGUUGUAAGUGCAACAGUGGCCACAGGACCAACCAAAACUGAUGUUGAAGAAUCAGGUAAGCUUUCACCAACUAAAAGGUCAAAAGUUUCCCUAGAACCUGUGAAAAAGGAUGAGAUUCCAACCAAGAAGGAUUUUGACAAGGAGAGGUCCUCGUCUCCUUCCUCAGAGCGAACCAGUGUUUCUGUUUUGGAAGAAACAAAGCUUGUACAAACCGGAAGAAAGUCAAAUGAUGUUGAACUUUCUACAGUUCCAGAGUCAAUCUCUACCCUUGGGAAGCUUCCAGAUGUGGAGACUGAAUACACCAGAACACAACCUGACAGUGUGAAACCCGCAGCCGUGGAGAAAACUGAACCAGUCCCAACAAGGAGAAAGUCAAAGAGUCCAGAGCUUCCUGAAACUCCACAGACGGUUGAUGUUGCAAGUACAACUGCUCACAUGGACCCUGACCAAACUAAGAAAGAGUCUGAGUGUCCAGAACAGAAGCAAGAACUAGCGAAGUUUGCUGUUCAGGUUGACAGCACUGAUGCCAUUCAGGACCUCCAGGGAAAGAAAGUGGUCAUUGUCAGUCUUGAGUCUGUCAUUCAGCCUAUUUCAGUGACGUCUUCCAAAUUAGAGGAACCUAAAGACAGAUCCGAAAAGGCCCCAGAACAAACCAUUUCACUGUCUACAGAAAGACAUUUAGUCACAGUCCCUCAAACACAAGCACCUCUCUCUUCAGACACUACAGACACACUGUAUGGACUGGAUUAUAUCGACAAAUUGUGGAAAAACACAGAUGAGACUGAGAAGAGAUAUCUGGUCCUCGAUCUGCCAGACGUAGGAGUCACCAGGACAUGGGAGAUGAAGUCAGAUCAACCAGAGGCAAAGAUUUUGUCUGUAAUUGAUUCUACUCAGCCUAUCUCUGCUGUUUCCUCAGCGCCGCAACCUCCUCAUGAGGGACAAGAAAGUCCAUCUGAUAAAGAAAUUAAGAAACUAAGCGAAAUUAUGAGUCGGCUGAGUCUGUCUCCACAGGAAGCACCACAGAAAACACUUGAAGAGGUUAAAGAUCAUGGUGUCCAGAAAGAGCAAACUAAAGUGUCAACACAAGGCAUCCAAGAUUUCCCAGAGAGCCAGGGCCAAUGGACUGUUCAGAAAAUAAUAACAGGGCCUGAAAUACGCAUUCUGCAACUAGAUAUAGAGGAGAAUGUGACGGUACCGAAGGAACCAACGGUAGAUAUUGUCGAACCAAGUGUCCAGAGUGUGUGCGAAAGUAGACCUGAAGUUCAAGACAAUGUGACUCAACCAGACUCUGCUCAACCCACCCCUCCUGCUUCAACAACUCAACCUCAGGCUGGAAUAGAAUUUAUAGAAAUCAGCUUAUAUGAGCAAAAGCCGAGCCAAACUCAGAGUCAAGGAGCCAAACCCAAGGUGGUCCAAGAACAGCAUCCUGACAUGGACGGUGCACCUAAAGGCUUAGAUGAAAAAUCUGUUACCAUGGAAGAACCCCACAUGGAGCCUAAAGUAUGCAUUCUACAACUGGAUAUACAAACCAGUCCUGAAGAACAAGGAAACACUUCUGUCACAGGAGAAAAACAGCCACAGAUAGAUGUUGUUGAAGGAAAUGUCCAGACUGGAAGAGAAAAAGAUAAGAAGACUACUGAUAUCAUGUUAGAGAAAGCUGUGGCUGAGGUGACUAAGAUAAUUAUUCAAGAAAGCAUCACUGAAUGUCAGAAAGACUCUGCUCAGCCCACCUCGCUUGUUUCUGAAUCACUGCAACCACAUGAGACAAAGGUUAUAGAAAUAAGUUUGCCUGGACAAGAUGUAGUAAGACCAAGCCAAACUGAAACUAAAAUGGAGGUGUUGAAAACCACAGGGGUCAAGGAACAAGGGGUCCAAGAGGAGAAACCAGCACUGGGAGUAGAUGAUGUACCCAUGAGCCUGGAUGUAAAAUCUGUUCAGGAGGAGAGUGAGCCCAAAGUGCUUUAUUUACAACUAGAUAUACCGAGCACACCAGAAAACAAAGAUAAAACUACAGCUGAUGUUCACCCCAAGAAGACAGAAAGAGUGGAAGUGCAACAAAUCAGCACCGAAAAGCCACAAAGAGUGUCUCUCAGUGAUUCUGCUCAAGCUGCAUCCGCUGUUAUUGCAUCAGUGCAGCCAAGUAAAUCAGAGAAAAUGUUUGCAGAAAUAAGCCUGUCUGAGCAAGAUGCUGUUAAACCAGAAACUGUGAAGAAAGUGGACGUCUUGAAAGCCGCAGAGGAUAGACCUAUAGAGACCAAGGAUCGCAGCAUGGAAGAAGAUGUUACAGUCUCUAAAAAAGAUGUUCAUGAUGCACCAAAAAGUCAGGAAGAAAAAUCUGUUACAGUGAAAGAAAGAGCUGAAGUUCCUGUUUUAGAACCACAGAGACUGGCCACUGUACAGAAGUAUGAAAUCAUAUCUAUUGCAUUACUAAAAGUGCCAAAAUUUGACAAAAAUCAAACAAGUAUCCAGACUGGAAAGGUGACAGAAAACCAAGAACUGAUUUCUGCUAGUACUGAGCCAGAAAAAACUGAGAAUGUCGAGGAACACGGUCACAAAGAAUUAGUUGAAAUCAGCAAAUCUAAGCAAGAUGCUGCAAAAUCAGAAACUGUGAAGAAGGUGGACGUCUUAAAAACCACCCAGGAUAGACCAAAGGAGGCCAAGGAUGAUGCACCACAAAACCUGGAUAAAAAGUCUGUCACUAUGGAGAAAAUCCACAAAGGGGCUGAAGUGCCUGUUUUGCAACCAGAUAAACCAGUGAAGGAGAAAGUAAUCCCAUCUGUUCCUGUAAGAAAGAAAUCAAAGAUUGAUAAAGCUCAAACCGAUGCUGCAAAACCAGAAACUGUGAGUAAGCAGGACGUCCCAAAAACCACAGAGGAUGAACCCAAAGAUGCCAAGGCUCAAAGCCUGGAAGAAGAUGCAAAAGAUGUGCAUGAUGAACCUCAAAGCCUGGUUGAAAAGUCUGUUACAGUGGAGAAAAUUGUCAAAGGAGCUGAAGUACCCAUUUUGCAAUCAGAUAAACCAGCAAAGGAGCAAGAAAUCUCAUCUGUUGCUAUAGUGAAGGCACCAGAGAUUGAAAAAUAUCAAACAAGCGUCCAGCAAUACCUGACUUCUGGUAGUGUUCAGCCAGAAAAGACUGAGAAAGUCAAGGGACAUGUUCACCAAGCAUUUGUAGAAUUUGGCACAUCUGAGCCAGAUGCUGUAAAACCAGAGAUUGUGAAUAAGGCAGAUGUCCUAAAAACCACAGAAGAUAAACCCAAAGACACCAAGGAUCACAGCGUGGAUGAAGAUGCUAAAGUUUCCACAAAAGAUGUCCAUGAUGCACCACAAGGUCUAGAAGAAAAGUCUGUUACAGUGGAGAAAAUCCCCAAAGGGGCUGAAGUACCCAUUUUGCAAUCAGAUAAACCGGCAAAGGAGCAAGAAAUCUCAUCUGUUGCUGUAGCAAAGGCACCAGAGACUGACAAAGAAGAAAAAGUGACAGAAACGUUGAUUUCUAUUAAUGUUCAGCCAGGAAAGACAGAGAAUAUCAUAUCUCAACAGGGUAUGGUUGAACCAAGCCAAAGGGAUACUCCAGUAGACCCAUCUAAAACUGCACUGGAAAGACCCAAAGAGACCAAAGAUCCUCAAGUUCAAGAAAAACAAGUGUUGACGGUUGACGUACAAGAUGUACCUAAGAGCUUGGGUGAAAAGUCUGUCGAAAAGACAGAAAUCGAUACAAGUGCACAAGAAUACAAAACUGUCACAACAGAGAAGAAACCACAAGUUGCAUCAAGUGUUCAGUUUGAGACAGUUAAGGAAAGUAAAGGUCUGAUUUUCACUGAUGUUCAACCGGAGAAAUGUGCAACUGAAGUAGACGUGCAAAGAAGCUUUAAAGUCCAAACAGACAAAGAGACCACAGAUGCAACAAAAGAGAAAGAACAACAACCAAAGGAGAAGAUUCAGGAAGAGGAAAGAGAAACUAUCAGUGUAGAAUUACCACUGCAGGUGAAGACAACAACCACCAGUGAUGUGAGGCUUCAGAGUGUGAAUGUGCCACAGGAGCAGGUGUUCGGUUCUGACAGGACGUCGCCAGCGUCGCUUCAGGCGCUUCGGAAAUCACCAAUUCACUGUACCCCCGGUGAAGUAAGCCAUGUGGAAGGAUCGGCACCUCAGGAACAGAAAGCAGAUGUCGUAAAGUCUGAGAAAAUAGUUCUAGAGCCGCGGGACGGAUCCGCCAUGAGAAACGUCUUCACAGAGAUCCAGCAACUGGCAGAAACUGGACCCAACAGUCAACUCAUAGAGAAUAAACCAGUGGAAGACGCUCCGGAGGCUCUGAUUUCUCCCACCAGUGAUCUAGAUGUUCAUGUAAGCCGGCUGGUAUCCAGAGUCCUGAGCUUUAAGAGCUGCCCGGCAGAGCUGAGCCCAGCUGCCAUGGCCCGGCAGCUGGAGGAGGUUCAGGAGUGCAGAGAAGCAGCCCAGGCUCAGGUGUUGUCGCUGUCUCAGGUGAGAUCAGCUGAUUCUGAGAACAGCGAUGCUCUGGAGUAUCUGGAGGACCAGUGGACCACCGCUGCUCAGGAUGCUGCUGCUGUCAUCCAGAAUAAAGAGGCUCAGCUUCAACUGGUGACUGAUUACUGCAACCAGAUCCAGGCAGCGAAGACCUUGUUGGAGAAACAGAUGGCAGAACUGGAAGCUGUGAGAAUGUCUCCAGAUCAGAGCAGCUCCAAGGAGGCAGAGCGACUGUGUUGCUUACAGAGGAACAUGGAGGAGAACGGAACGCUACUCGGAGAACUUCUGGUGACCCACAGUAAACUGAUCCCCCUCCUCAGCCGGUCUGAACGAACAACGGCACAAACUGAGCUCAAGAACCUGCAAGACAAGUGGAGAACCCUGGAGAGAACCGUGGAGAACAACCUCCAUCGGGUAAAUGCUCAUUCUCAGAUCAGCAGCGGUGUUCUGGCGGAGUUAAGAAGUCUGCGGGAACAUUUGGAAACACUCGACAAAGACCUGAAGUCGCCUUCUGAAUGGAACUGCCAGAAGGUUCAGCAGCUGAUGGAGGCGAACGCUGAGGUGAAAGCAGCCCAGCAGCAGGUCCUCCAUUUAGAGCAGCUCUUGGAGGCAUUGGUCCCCACUUCAAGGUGGGAAACAGAAGCUAAGGAGAUGCAACAGGAGCUCCAGAAGGUCAAAGACAAACUGAGCAGCACAGAGGAGCUGGUUUCCUCCCAAACCCUGAACAGCAGCAGCCCCAUCAUGGAGCAGAUCAUCGUGGUGAUGAGGGACGGCUUCGCCUGGGCCAAGCAGACCGAGAGCGACAUCGAGGGACGGAGGAAGAGGGUCGCUCUCCUCCCUGAGGAGGUCCACCGGCAGCUCAGAGACCUGAAGAAGCUGCAGUCUGAGGUGAUGGCCAAACAGGGCCAGCUGGAGGUUCUGGUGGAGGAGGUGACGGAGCUCCUGCCACAGCUGGACCAGGCUGAGGAGGUUCCCAUGAUCCAUGCGUCUCUGGAGUGUUUGGUAAAACUCUCACAUUCCACCACCGAUAAGCUGUCCAAGGCGGAGAAAGAGAUGGAGUCAGGACUUCAGACCAGGGAGAAGCUGUCAGAGCAGAUCGCUGAUUUAGACUCCUGGAUCGUGGCUCAUCUCCAGAGAGAAGCUUCCAGAAGCGCCGACAGCGAACUCGGGAGUCCUGCUGAAUUCGAUCGCAGAGUUCGGCAGAUCCAAGAAACCCUUAACGAGGCUGAGAAGCAAGCAGCCGUCUGCGAGGCUCUUUUAAUGAAGAGCAAAGACAUCGCUUCAGAGCUCAGCGUUGCAGAAAACUGCAAACUCUUUGACAAGCUGAUCAACCUCCAGGAGGACAUCACUGCCAUCAGCGGCUACGAGAAGGCCAACAAGAAGGAGCUGGAUGACCUCCUCCAGAAUGUAGAUUCCAGCAAGAAAAACCUGGUCGCGGUGGAGACAAGCCUGAGGCAGAUGUUGGUGGAUCUGAACAGGUACAGGUUCCCCAUCACCAGAGAGUCUCUGCAAGCUCUGGAACCGUUCAAACACCUGAUCCUGGAACACAAGUCCCAGGUCGACCAUCUGCUGCCCUGGAUCCCUCAGGAAAAGACAAGAGAACUGAACUCGGUUAUUUCUGAGCUUCACAGUAAGAUGGUUCUCCUGCAGACCAAAGCUAAAGACCACGAGACGUACCUGAACCUGAGGCAGUGUGUGGAGGAUCUAAGGGAGAACGUCCAGGAACAGGUUCUCCAAACCAAAGACGACAGCAGAGAUGUAGAAAAAAAAUACAAAACCUGUGAGACCCUCCUGGUCCAGUUUCCUCUGAUGAAGAUGUUGUGUGAAGAAGCUAGUUCCAAACUCCAGUCGAUCUCUGCCGAUCUUUACCCGUCACAGCUGACUGUGGAGCGCCAGAGGCUGAAGCAGAACGAGGAGAGUCUGGACACCUGGGAGAUGACGCUCCGCAACAACCUCAGCAUCAUCGAGUGGAACCUGCUGAAGGACCUGGACCUGGACUCGGAGAGGAAAGCCGUCCAGACGUUCUUCUGGUGGUCCCAGCAGGAGCUGAAGAACUUCCCGACGAUGGAGCCGAACGAAGCAGCGAUUAACAAAGAAUACCGAAGAAUCCUGUCUGUGAAAAAGGCUGUGGAGUCCAGGAUGAGAACGGUGGAGGUUCUAGAGAAGAAGAAGGGAAAGAAACAAAGCUCUCGUCAUCUGAUGGAGUUCAAGAAUGUAGUCCUUGGUGAAUGUGACUCACAAAUGGAGAGCAUCCUUCAGGCCAGAGAGUCUCUGAGGAGCUACACCAGCACUGUUAGAGAAGCGGUGGAGUUUCUGAGGGACCUGGAGGUCCAGCUGCUGCCUCCCCACGGUUCUGCUGGAUUCUGCUCUCAGAGUCUCCAGGGAACCCAGCAGGCUUUAGCUUCACUGCAGCAGCACUUCCAGACCCACGUGGAGAAGCUCCAGAACCAGGCGGCUCUGCAUCCCUACCUGUCCCCACAGAAGGUGGAGCAGCUGCAGGAGAACGUCCUCAGCCAGCUGCUGGUCCGGAUGUCGACUCUGCAGGCGAAGGGCCACGUUAGACUGGAGAGACUCAGCAGGUGUGCAGAACAGCACAGAAACUACAUUAAAUCCCAAGAUGAACUCAUCCUGAAUGUGAAAACUGCAGAGAACCGACUCCUACAGUUCAUUUCUCAGAAGGUCACCUGUCUGGCCGACUGCACUGACCAGGAGACCAAGUACACAGCUCUGUGUGAGGAGAUGGAGUCUCUGCUGAGGCGUCUGCAGGAGCUGAAGGAGUUUUGUCCGGAGCAGAGCUGUAGAGGAGGCCGGGAAGCCGUCGUUAGCGCCCUCUGGAGGAGAUUAUCAAGGCUGCGAUGCUGCACUAAGGAGUUAAAGAUACGAAGCAAACACAGAAUCACAGAAUGUGAAGAUAUCACAAACAGCGUGGAGAAGGCGUCUGCUGUCCUGGAGCAGGUGGAGGCGGAGCUUCCCGAGGCCUCCACGGCAAAGCCGUCCACUGAGGAGCUGCAGGACCUGCUGCAGUCCUGGGAACAGUACCAGGACCGGCUGGACUGUGAACACCGAGCUCUGUCUGCGCUGGAGCUGCGAGCUGCACGGCUGCUGGGAGUCCCCUCCCACCUGGAACAGGCUCCGCCCAUCCUACUGUGUCAGCAGCUGCAGAAGAUGCAGGGACGAUACGGCAGAGUGAAGCAGAGGAGUAUGGAGGGUUUAAUGGCCACCAGGAUGGAGCUGGAGGAAAGAGAAAAGGUCCGAGAGGAGCUUCAGGGCGUCCGGGUUUGGACGGAGGCUGCAGAAGGUCUUCUGGUGGAGAUGGAGAAGAGCAGCAGCACUCAGCAGCUACAGGACCUCUACAGCCAGCUCUGUACCCAGAAGUCUUUGCUGCAGCGCAUCAUGGAGAGUCUGAAUAUGAAAUACUCGGACAUGUACACUCUGGUACCGGUAGAGGUCGAAAGCCAACUACAGGAAGUCACAAACUCACUGCAGGAAGUCGAAGUAAAGAUGGGCGAGGCGGUGGCCAGGAGCGGUCCGGUCCACAAACUGGGAGCGAAGCUGUCGGAGAUCCAGGCUGGUCUGAGAUCAGUUCAGAACCGACUGGAACAGAGAAGUCCAACGGUGAUCGAAGCAAAGGUCACUCAGAAGCGUGUCUGGGACGAGCUGGACAUCUGGCAUUCCCGUCUGGCUGCUCUGGAAGUCGACCUGCAGGACUUGGAGAAGCCUGAGGGGGCUUUAAUCCUGACGGAGAGGCUGGUGGAGGUUCAGCAGCUUCACUCUUUACUGGCCAAACAGGCGGAACAGAGGACGACGUUACUCAGCAAGAUCCACACGUGGCUUCAGGAGCAUCAGGAGAUGAUCAACAGCUCUAAAAGUUGGAUGUCUGAAGCUCAGUCGUGGCUCGCUGCUCCCUGCACCUACACCACUGCUAAAUGUCUGAGCAGCCACGUCCACGCUCUGCAGAUGGUGCUGGACGACUCGGCCCAGAUCCGAACCACUCUGCAGAACUUCAGCUCCGUCCUGAAGGAAAUGUCGCAGGUUUGCGACGUCACGACUUUACAGGAGCAGCUGGUGGAAGCCGACCGCCAGGUGGCCGACGUUCAGGACAGUUUCACAGCUCCUCUGUCUCAGCUGGAACACGCUGCUGCCGAGGUGGAGGCCAUCGAGAGUGAAGUCAGGAAGAUGGAGAGCGACGUGGGUGAGAUCAAGACUUUACUAUCUUCUCCAGAAUCUUUACCGAGCCCCAGAGAGGACAGCCUCAAGAUGGUUGAACAGAGGAUCCAGUCAAUGAGGAGGACAGUAGCUGAGAUCCAGAAGUGCAAACCAGGACUUUGUCUUCCAGAAAAGGCUGAAGAGACUCUGACUGUGUUCAGUGUUGUGGAUCAGCUCCAGACUCUGCUGCUGGAACUGGAGAAGAAGGUUCCUGCUCUGUUCAUCGCACAGCCUCCGACUCCGAUCCAAGCCAAAGCUCAGUCGACUAAACAGACAACGUCUCAGCCUCAGCUGCAGAAAUCUACUUCUGGGGAGGCCGAGAAGGAGGAACAGGGUCAAAUCAGGAUCGUCCAUGUUGAAGAAGAUGUUCUGAGGAGAACCGGAGCCACACUGCUGACUGUAGAACGAACCUCACCUGAACAAAGACAGUCCUGGACACCUGAAAGCACUCAGCAGCAUGAGCAUCCAGCUGCUGAAGGCGAGCAGAGAGUGGAAGAGUUUGGAGGAGGUGUUUUCUGGUGGCUCUGGGAUGCUUUCCUGGGCACUAUGCCGGAGGAACCUGCCGUUGUCGCCUCAGAAGAGGCUGAAGCUGCUGCUGGACAAAAAACUGAACUGAGUGCAUCAGAAAACAAGGAUGUUGAGGUCUCCACUGACACCACUGAAGCAAGUUCAUCUGAAGCUUUAUCAAAACCCCUGGGCACAGUCAGAACUCAGUCACUGCCCGAGAGUAUGGGACCAGGAGACGUCUUCCAUGUCUGCCUGGACAGAGUCGCCCGGCUGGAGUCGUGGCUUCAGGAAGCCCAGAAGAUCCUGACAGCCGCUGGACCCGACAUGCAGGAGAGUGUGGAGCAGCAGCUACUCACCUGCCAGGAGAUGUUUCUGGAGAUUGAGCAGAAUAUUUCCAGUCUGUCAGCCUUCAACCAGCAGCAGGAUGAACUGGGAGCUGUGGGAUCCCAGCAGGAAGCUGCUGAACUUCUGGCCUCCAAACUGGAAAUUCUGAAGAAGAACCUGGUUUGUUUCCAGAAGCUGCUGCAGGAGAAACAUCAGGAGGAUGAGAAGACGAACCAGAGAGAACCUCAGCAGCAGCAGUCGGUCGUUCCGUCAGAGCGCCACCAUGAGUCCAGACUGAAGCGCAGCAGCAGCGUUCAGGAGAUUUUCUCUUCCCCCAGAAACAAACUGCUCAGACAGAGCAGCCUGCAGCAGCAGAAGGAGUUGGAGCAGCAGCUGUCGGAGCAGAAAGGUUUGACUCAGGCCAUCGCCAGGCAGGGAAGUAGAGCUAGACUCUACAGCCAAGAGCCAGGACCAGGACCAGGACCAGGACCAGGACCAGGACCAGGACCAGGACCAGGACCAGGACCAGGAGCAGGUCCAGGUCCUGGUCCUGGUCCUGGUCCUGACCCUGCUGUGGACCAGGACCAGGUCGUCAGGAGGUGGUCCGUCCUCCAGAGCCGGCUGCUGGCUGCCUGUCAGGUGACAGACUCAUCUGGGAGGAGAAGCAGUGGAGCAGCGGGACACAUGAUUAUCACCAAGAACCUCACAGAGCUGCAGAGCUUCAUCAGCCGCCUGAGAGAGCUGAGGCACACAGCAGCCAGGAUCCUGAAUCAGGAUUCCCGUCAGACGCUGGACGAGGGUUUGUUUGAUUUGCUGCACAGCGCCUCCCUGUCGCUGUCCUCCAUCCUCAGCCAGCUGCAAACAUCUGCAGACAAAACAGACGAAGAAGAAGCUCGGCUGGAGCUGCUGCAGCUGCAGAGUCUGUCGGCUGAACUGAGCUCUCUGGGUUCUGAGUUGGUCUCUCAGGGCUCCAAGGUCGGUCUGGUUCUGGGUUCAGAGUCGGUCCAGAAAUGUUUGGAUGAUCUGAACAGAAUCAUCCGUCUGGUCCAGGAUCAGCUGAGCAACAAGGAGAAGCAGCUCAGGAACCUGCAGGACCAAACUGCACAAAAACAGAAACAGCUAAACGAGUUGCAUGCAGCCUUCACCUCUAACCAGUCGACUGUUCACCCAAUCACUAACGAGUUCAGAGGCGAUCUGGGCCUAAACGAGCAGCUGCAGGUCGGUGUCCAGAUGCAGGAAUCUCUGCAGCAGCAGGUCCAACAGGUCAAUUCUCUGCUGGAAGAAGCCGACAAACAAAACCUGCCGACGUCCGUCAUCCAGCAGGCAACACAGCUGCAGGGUGAGCUGGACUCGGCACUCGGUUCUGUUGGUUCUGGCUGUGAGGAUCUGAGGAGCAGAAUGGAUGUACAGCAGCUUUAUGAAGGUCUGGUCCUCAACCUGGAGGAGCUGGUCUGUCUGGGCUCCAAACGCCUCCAACACCUGCCUGAUAUGGAGCUCCAGAGCAGGAAUCAUCUCCAACAGCAGCUCAGCAGACAUACGAAGUUCUUCCAGUUCCUCGGCCAUCAUUUUCACAUCCUGCAGCUCCUGACCAGCAGAGGUCCAGAAGUCGUCUCCCAGAGGUGGGAGGAAGUAGUGAAGAACCUGGAGGAGGAGGUGGUCCGACUGCAGCAACGAGGAUUGGAUAAAGGUGUCAGGAUGCAGGAAACACUACAGCUUUGGUCUCAGUGGGAGGAGGAUAGUUCCUGGUCCGAUUCUCUGCUGAAAGAUGUUGAGACUUCAUUUCCCAGGAUGCAUCAGUGGUCCGACUCUGAGCAGCAGGUAUCGGAGAAGCUCUCGGUCUAUGAGGAGCUUCAUCACAUCCUGGAUUCCAACAAGUCUCGGUUUGAUCGGAUGCUGGAAGCCGGCUGGCGACUGCAGAGUUCAGGAUGUCGAGGAGUCGAAGAGUUUACCUGUAAACUGGAGGCUCGACGGAGAACUUUAAAUAGGAGGCUGGGACACGAACAAACCAGCUGUGAGAGAAAAAGGAAACUGAAGAACAGGUUUCUUCGUGACUCCACGGUUCUUUCUGAUUGGAUGUCCAAAGCCAGAGACCUUAUUGAUAAAUGGAGUCAGGUGACUGUUUCAGCCAAUCAGGAAACAGAUGUUGAACAAAGGCGAGACAACUUCCUCCAGUCUGUGGCUCUGACCAAAGAGUUGGAGGUUAAAUCUGACCUGAAGGUGGCGCUGGUCAGUUCUGCUACUCAGCUGGUGCAGCUGAUGGAGGCUGAUGGAGAUCUGGAGGACAAAGAGCUUCAGACGUCCAUUGAUUCUCGGCUCAGACUGAUAGAACAGAGCUGGAACGUUCUGCUGACUGAGGUUCCUGCCGUCCAACAAGAUCUACAGAAGCGGUGGAUGCAGACGUUGAGCCAGCAGGUGGCGCUGACGGAGCUCCAGGUUCAUGUUGGAGCUGCCGAGGAACAUCUGAGCAGAAUCAAGCAGAACCUCUGCAGCAGCACCGACCUGAUGCAGCUGCUGAGAUACUGCAAGGAGUGUCAGACGGAGCUGUCGGCUCAUCAGACCACUCUGGACUUUGUGAAUCAGCCGCUACAGACCUGCAGUUCUGAUGAUGACCAGAGGAGGCGCUAUGAACACAACCAGUAUUCAGAGGAGCAGGGUCGACUCAACCACCGGUGGCUCAGUCUGAAGGAAAGCCUCAACUAUCAGGUCCAGCAGCUGCUGCAGGAGCUGAGGAGCAGAGCGGAGCAGGACACCAUACUGCAGCACAUCAACAGCUGGAUCACAGAGCAGAACAUCUGGAUGGACUCGGACCAGAGAACCAGCAGCUGGACGGAGCUACAGAGGAGCAUCAGCAGCUGUCAGGGGCUGGAGGAGAAGAUCAGGCUGAAGUCUGAAGCUCUUCAGGAGUUAAAAGAUAAAGUUUGUGGAGGAAACAGAGAAACCAGCAGCAGUGAUUUUAUCUCUCGGACAGAAAAAUCCACUCAGGCCUGUUCAGCUCUCACACUGAAGAAUGAAUCAGUUAAACAGAAGCUGACUGAGGCUCAGCAGCUUUGGGACGAUGUGGAGAAGAAACAGAAUCAUCUGAUGCUGAAAACAGCAAGAACAUCUCAGACUUUGGAUUAUUACAGAAGCUGUUCAUUUUCUCUGCAGGCUCAUAGAUGUCAACAUGAAAAACUGCAGCUUCUUCAUGAGGAGACCAAAGCUUCAGAGGUUGAAUGGGAGGAACUGAGUCAAACCGUCGUCUCACUAAAGGAAACCAUCAGUCCUGCUGCUGCUGUUAUCAUCACUGAGAGGCUGGACAGACAGAAGGACAGUUGGACUGAAGUGUUCGGAGUUCUGAAUCAGCAGCUACAGAAGCGUCAACAGAUCCUACAAGUUUGGGAGGUUUACGGUCGACAAGCCAGAUUUUUCUCUGAACGACUACAGAAGUUGGAAAACGAAGCUAAAUCUGAGCUGAGCGACUCACCUGGACAAGACAACACCGUGGAGCAGGUUACUGUGAAGAUACACAACGUUCAGAACCUCCUGGACAGAACCUCCUCCCUGCAGUCGGACCUGGAGGAGCUGCUGGAAGCCAACAAGAACCUGAUUGGCCACCUGGAGCCCUCAGCUGCCGCUCUGGUCCAAUCAGAGAGCCGCUUGUUGUCACGUGGCGUCCUGCAGCUCAGUGCAAGGCUGACAGGGAAGCUGGGUCAGCUGCAGGAGGAGCUUAAGAAGCUGCAGCAGUUUGAGGAAGAUCUGGAGUCACUGGAGGGAAGUCUGGAGGUUUGGCAGCAGCGUCUGGAGUCUGCAGCUCAGACGGACGACCAGUGUGGCCUCCUGCAGCUCAGCGGUCUGUCUGCUGACCUGGACGUCCUCCAGGAUCUGAGUCGCUGCCUGACGCUGGGCGACGCUGCAGCUGGACGUCUGCAGAGAACCGACCGGAGCUGGAGCGACGCUGCAGCCAGAGCCGAGGAGGCCUGCAGUGAACUGCAGACGGAGGCGCUGAGGCUGCAGAGCUUCGAGCAGAAGUGUGAGAGCUGGAUGUCGUUUCUCCAGAGGAUGGAGGACGGACUGACGGUGGACGUAGCCGGAUCUUAUAUCGGCCUCAGACAGCAGCUCUGCACUCAUAAAAGGUUCCAGGCCGAACUCUCCAUCGGACACCAGAUCCUUCAUUCAGUCAUCACUGAAGCUCUUCAUCUGCUGCAGAGAGGAGAAGUGGAGGACAGGAGUGACUUCAUCCUGAAGCUGGCCCAGCUCCGGGAGCACUGGCAGGGGGCGGUGCAGCGGGCCGACCAGCGGCACUCGCUGGUGGAGGGUUUGGUGAAACACUGGCAUCUGUACAACCGCAGCCUCAGGAAGCUGCAGAGGUUCCUGUCGGACACCCAGAACCUCCUUCCUCCAGCCGGACCGGUCCGAUGCAGCCUGCAGCAGCUGAGACGGUCGCUGCAGGACCUCCAGCACACCGAGCUGCUGUUCCAGAGGUAUCAGAGCAGCUUCAUCCACACCCUGGAGGUCGGCCGGCAGCUCUUCUCCAUGGGCGAUGAGGAGACCCAGACCCAGCUGCAGACGGAGCUGGGAACCCUGCAGGAGGAGUGGGAGAACCUCCACAGUCUGCUGGGUCGGAGGAUGGACCUGACUGAGGCCAUCAUCAAGAACUGGGAGCGCUGUGAGGCCGGCCUGGCCGACAGCAUGAUGCAGCUGAAGGACAUGAAGACCAGACUGAACCAGUCGAUGCCAGAGAGCGAUGACGAGCUGCAGAGCGCCGAGAAGUUCAACCAGGAGAACGAGGACGUCCUGGAGGACUGGGCUGAGAGCCUGACGGAGCUGAGCGCCAUGAAGACGGACCUGAGUCAGUACAUCAUCGCUGAUGACGUCCUGCUGCUGCAGGAGCAAGUGGAGCAUCUGCACUGUCAGUGGGAGGAACUGUGUCUGAAGGUGUCUCUGCGUAAACAGGAGAUCGCCGACCGACUCAACGCCUGGAUCAUCUUCAACGAGAAGAACAAGGAGCUGUGUGAAUGGCUGACGCAGAUGGAGAACAAGGUGGCCCACAACUCGGACCUGAACAUCGAGGAGAUGGUGGAGAAGCUCAAAAAGGACUGCAUGGAGGAGAUCAACCUGUUCAGUGAGAAUAAAACUCACCUGAAGCAGCUUGGAGAGCAGCUCAUCACAGCCAGCAACAAGACCAAGGAGACGGAAAUAAACGACAAGCUGAAGGACGUCAACGACCGCUGGCAGCAUCUGUUCGACCACAUCGAGGCCAGGGUGAGGAAGCUGAAGGAGACUCUGGUGACGGUUCAGCAGCUGGACAAGAACAUGAGCAACCUGAGGACCUGGCUGUCUCGGAUCGAGGCUGAACUCGCCAAACCGGUGGUUUACAACAUCUGCCACAGCGACGAGAUCCAGAGGAAGCUGGCCGAGCAGCAGGACCUUCAGCGGGACAUUGAGCAGCACACUCAGAGCGUAGCAUCGGUGUUGACGUUGUGCGACGUCCUGCUUCACGAUGCCGACGCCUGCGGCAGCGACUCGGAGGACGACUCGAUCCAACAGACGACCAGAAGUCUGGACCGACGCUGGAGAAACAUCUGCGCCAUGUCCAUGGAGAGGAGGAUGAGGAUCGAGGAAACGUGGCGUCUCUGGUGUAAGUUCCUGGACGACUACUCUCGGUUUGAAGACUGGCUGAAGUCGGCUGAACUCACUGCUGCUAAUCCCGUCUCGGCCGAUGUCCUGUACACCUGCGCCAAGGAGGAACUCAAGAAGUUUGAGGCGUUCCAGCGGCAGGUCCAUGAACGUCUCACUCAGCUGGAGCUGGUCAACAAACAGUACCGCCGUCUGGCCCGAGAGAACCGAACCGACACUGCCAGCAAACUGAAAGUCAUGGUGCACGAAGGGAACCAGCGGUGGGACAGUCUGCAGAGGAGGGUGGCGGCGGUUCUACGGAGACUCAAGCACUUCACCUCCCAGAGAGAAGACUUUGAGGGAACUCGUGAAGCGAUCCUGGUCUGGUUAACGGAGAUGGACCUUCAGCUCACCAACGUGGAGCAUUUCUCAGAGAGCGACAUCGAGGACAAGAUGAGGCAGCUCAACGGUUUCCAGCAGGAAAUCACCCUCAACACCAACAAGAUCGACGCCCUGAUCGUGUUCGGGGAGAACCUGAUCCAGAAGAGCUCUCCUCUGGACGCCGUCCUGAUCGAGGAUGAACUGGAGGAGCUCCACUCGUACUGCCAGGAGGUGUUUGGACGGGUGGCUCGAUUCCACCACCGGCUGGUCAACAGGCAACCGGUUCUGGAGGAGGACCGGGAGAUGUCGGACCGAGACACCGACCUGGACGACUCUCCGGAUCUGACCAAUGGUGCUUCCUGGACGGAGACUAGGAGGAAGAAAGAGGAAGAUGAAGCUCUGGUGGCGGUGGGCGGAGUCUCGGCGAGUCGGCAGGUCAUGUGCCACCUGUUGGCUCCGCCCCUGGAGCGGUCAGGCCGAGAGACGCCGGUCAGCGUGGACUCCAUCCCUCUGGAGUGGGAUCAUACGGUGGAUGUGGGAGGAUCUUCAUCGCAUGAGGACGAUGAGGACGCCACCUUCUUCAGCGCUCUGUCAGUGAAGUCGGUCACCGACCCGCCCAACUGGCACCAACCGGGUUCUCUGGAGAGGAAACGGGUUCCGAGAGAAAUCAUCCGAGGCCUUAAUUCAUCCCCGGCACACACUAGCACUCCGUUCAACCAGCAGGGCUACGUGAAGCUGAUGUCGGAGUGCAGCGGCAGCAUCGACAGCGUUAAAAGAAUCAAACUGAUCCUGAACGAUGAUGAGGAGUUGGAGGAUGGAGGUCUGACCAGCAGCACGGCCAACAAACAGACCAGCACAGCUGUGAUUGAGCGCUGGGAGCUGCUACAAGCCCAGAAGUUCUCCAACCAGCCGGACGUGAAGCUGGACCUGGACCAGUGGCAGAAGUUGAACUCAGACCUAUGUGAUGUCACUUCCUGGCUGGGCCGAGUGCUGCCGGAGCUGGAGAGGCUGCAGAGGAUCGCGCCAUCCACCAGCAUCCGAGACAUCGAGGUCAACAUCAGGAAGCUCAAAGUAAGGAAGGCUCCAUUUGUACGACAAUACGAUGUUUUUUAGACCAUUUUUGAAGAC